CGACCGUCCAAGUUUUGAUGUAGUUGAGGAAGGAGGGCACGUCUGGGGCGGUGACGUAUGGCGCUUGUGCGUAUAUGCUGUUGAGUCCCCGCAGGAGGAAGUUGUGCACGAAGACCAUAUUGCGCGCGACAUUUUCGACGAUUGAUUCCUGUGCGCGAGGGUCGUCGAUAGUCGUUGGUCGCGACGGGAGGUCGAUGAGCGCAUAUGGCGUUUCGAACCAUUUCGUGGGCGGCGACAUGGAAGUGCAGAAGAUGCGGGAUUAUUCUGUAACAUUGCAACAUUCGAGGAGCUAUUUGAACGGAUUGCGUGCAGAAAGAUUCAGGGCUUGACUGCGCAUGCAUUGAUAUCCCAUCGCGACUACGGAGCGGGACGUCCUGUGCGCUGUUCAUCCGUGCAUCCGCUCAUCCGGGUGCGGAGUGAAUGCUUGAGAGCAAAUGCUUGGCAGCUGAUCCAAAGUCAGCUUCAGUGGAUAACAAGAAACCCGGUUUCUGUACGCUGAUGGCAUCGCUGUGACGUUCUCGCUAUCCGUAUUGCGGAGUGGAGGCCAGGAUGUCGAUAGCGGAAGUACGCUCGAAAAAGGAUGGAGGACCGUAGCCCGCACCGUUUGUGGGGAAUGCGAUGCGUGACGAACUGUCCCGUACCGGUACGCGAUAGAAACAUGCAAGAUUGGCAACGCGUCAAGUCACACAGCGGUCACGUCUGGCACAGCACCGCCAUUCAGCAUACGCCCGUGUCGAUUAAUGCAAACCCGCCUUUGCUUCAUAUGUACAGUGGCUGAUUUCCUCAGCCUUCAAGUUUGCGGCCAAUUGAAGCAUCAUGUGGGUUGUGCGAAUGCACAUGGGAGUUUGAGAGACUGUCUAGCCCUCCCCGGGCCAAAUAUCAGGGUUCCACAGACUAAAGAUGCGUCCUCGAAGGAAUGUUUGGCUUCAAUUUAACCAAGCCGACUGAGACGCAAACACGUGUUAGAUGGCCGAGCUUGCUCAUCCGAGUCUCCGCCUCUUUGCUCGGUGUAUUCGUCGAUUGAGCGGCCAAAUCUUGAUUCUCUGGGAACACGAAAACAACCUAUACUGGCCAGCUACUCGCUUCAGACUACCGUUUGUGGUAUACAAGCGGCACGCCGUCCAAUUCAAAGCCCAGGACAGCGCCAAAACCGUGCGCAGGGCCCAAAGCUGGAUGGAGACUACGAACUCCGAUUCUAACCCGACCUGUGGAAAUGAGCGAGAUUUGCGGAGAUUGAACCCUGCUUCUUCCUUCUCUCCACUGGCUAGUUUGCCGCACGGUCUACAACCAUGCUUGCCUCGCUUUUUGCCCUGGCUACGUUCUUCAACGUCGCUCUGGGUCAAACUGAAUUGAUCAUCAACACGCCUUUUCCUACGCCCACCGUUUGUCAGCCGUCUUUGCUGACAUGGGGUGGAGGAAUAGCUCCGUAUUUCAUCAGACUCGUGAAAACCGAUGAUCAGACCGUCCUCGUUAAUUUCGGGCAGCUCGUCAACACAUCUUUAACCUGGAAAGUACUAGAACCUGCCGGGACGGCGUGUCAGCUUCUCAUCAAGGACAGUACCGGCUCGAAUCAAGCUUCUGGCCCAUUCGACAUCGCAGCCGGCGACGCGUCGUGCUUAGCGAGCUCUAGUAGCGCGUCGUCCAAAUCUACCGUCUCCGGUUCUCAUCCCACUUCCUCGCAGUCACAUUCAAAGAAGAGUGCCAGCACUUCAACGACUAAAACCAGCACUCUGACCAAGACAAGCAUGGCCGUGACCUCCAGCACCUUCAUCCAGCCGUUGACGACGACGACCAGCACAAGCAUCAGCCUGUCUCAGACAGGUUCUUCCACCUCGGGUGUCUCCACUUCUCCUCCGGCAUCUCGGUCGUUCUCCCUGCCCGCCCCGUCGUCCACUGGUGCUGCCAGUCGGAAUGUCAUACCUGCUGCGGGCAUCUUUAUCGUCAUCAGCGCCGCUGUCGCGGCCUCGGUUUAGUCGUUGCUACUGAGUACUCGAGAACGCAUAUAUACCAGUUUCCACGUAGCCAGUCCUGUGUCCCUAGGCUCCAAUGCAGGGAGUAAACGCGAGCCAGAAGCCA